AACUAAAGUAAAAAAUUCAUUCUGUGUGUCAUUGUUUUCAAAAAAACGAAAAGAAGAAGGUUAGGGUUUUGGAAAUCGUGCAGCUUCCAGAAUGAUUCGCUCCAAUGGCGUUAGGCUUCUCUCAUCUCAUCUCAUCCGCGACUCAUGCAAAUCCAUCUAUGAAGGAGUGUUCCAUAGGACAUUGGAUUCUGGACUCUGGACUCUUUCCAGAGUUAUUGGAGGAGGAGUUGCACAUGGACAUGGCGUUAAUGUCAAUAACCGAGUGCUACCAAACUCAUCAAUCCGUGGUUCAGCAUCACUGUCAAGAUACCACAUUUAUGAAAGUUAUCCAUCUUCUUCUUCUCUAGUCAAGAGAAAGAGAAAGGGAAGAAAGGGAAUUGACGGGGUCACUGAUGCGGAUUUUCAAAAAGGGUUUGAAAAUUGGUGCAAGAAACAUAAAGCAACAUUCUCCUCAGAGGAAGAUAAACAAACCACGUUCAACUGGUUCCGUAAAACUUAUAUCUACGGUCGUGAAUUUCCUUGUGCUGCUGCCCCUCCCGUUCAUCUCAAAGAUAUCAUAGAUUGCAUUCGGAGAUAUGGAAUACAUGGAGACAGUAAAGUGAAGUAUGAGUUUUUGUUGGAAAGAUCGAGGCAUCCUAUCUAUCCUCCCUAUCUGGCGAACUACAACAUGGAUGACCCUUCUGUCGUGGCUGAAUUCCAUGAACUUGAGGAAGUUUCUAAAUGUAACUGUCCUGACUGUUGCACCGGCCGCGACCUCGGGCAAUAUUGAACGCGGCGCCAGGUUGUUGUCUACCAAUGGAGACCCUACAAUAACAAAGAUAUAAGUUAUCUUGGGCAAUGGCAACAUUGUUAUCUUGUCAAGGUUAUAUAGGUUAUGCGUCUUGGUGGAUCGCUGAGCUAGCACUGACUUUUAGUUUAUGAAUUUUUUUUUUUUUUUUUUUGAUAAAUAGACGAAAUGGCAAAGCCAUUAUAAACUCACACACACAAGUGGAGGUACCGGGGUUCGAACCCCGGUCAUGGCAUCCGGCCUAACAAUUUCGGCAUUUCGGCAAUUUAUUUAUAUGUAAUGGCUGUGUGGAGAAAUAGCUGUUCUGAUAUAUUUUAGACCUUCAAGAAUAUUUAAGAACUUAUUGUUGAAUCAAUUAAUUAUAUUUUUAUUACAA